AUGUCAGAAAAUUGCCAAAGUGCACCUUUCGCUGGGACAGAAUGUGCUCUGCAGUCCCCUGUGCCUGUGCUGAGGAAUGCCACACCCUCAGCAGGAAGUGUGUGCAAUUUCUACGGGGUCUGCACCCCAGCUGUGAGCUCAGCAUGGCUCCUGUCAUCAGACUCCAGCACAUGCUGCCAGCAGCUCACGGACAGUGCCUGUCUUUACCAACGAGCUGGCACGACCAUGCUGACUGAGCCGACUGACCAGAACCAGAUCUCUGCUUCGACAUUUUCCUAUCCAGUGGUGGAGAGGGAGAUGACUCUGGGAUUGACACCUUCAGGGCAGACACUGUGUCUGCUGCAGAGUCCAGACCUCGGCAAUGCCUGCACCCAGGAUGCCCAGAUGAAGACAGCACCUGCCAAUGGGGACAGGUUAUUAAUUGCCCUCAUGCACAGUCCUUCUGAAUUCCUGACCUUGCUUCCAGCCCCAAGCCUAGAAAAGACACAGAAGAACAGUGCAGAUGAGAUGAAUGCUGAGCAAUCAACACCUCUGGAUUCCUAUGAGGGCACAGAAUCUAACCAAGAUGCAUUACCCCUCCCUUUAGCACACCCCGGCAUGCAGCAGCCCUUGAACUACAGUGAUGCUGGGAUCCUGAGGCAGAAGCAAACUUCUCAUAAUGCCACUUUGGGAAACAGUAGCCUUGGUCUGGAAGACACUGAGACUCUGAAGAGUGCCAUGGAGUCUAGCACUGAUUUUGCAGACAUGACCACACUGGUGGCAGAUAUUCACCUUCCCCAACUCUUAAACUUCAACACUGGCCUUGACCAAAUGGAAGAUUGCACAGCAAGCCAAAUCAAGGACUCCAAAGACAUCAAGAGGGAUCAGGCUCAGUCACGCACCAGCAUCUUUAUUGGACGAUCUGAACUAGGGAUCAAGAAAAACCAGAAAGUCUCUGAUGUGCUUCAUGGAGCUCUUCAGGCUAGAAACCAUCACGAGGAUAUGCUGAAGGAAGAUGAUCCUGGAACCAUUAAAGGGGCUAUAGACAACAUGGCCAACCAGGGCAAAUCUCAGAUAUUUGUACCCAAGAGGCCCAGCAUAGCAAGGGCACAGGGGAAAGAAAAAGCUAAGGAGACUAGAGAAAAGAACUCCAAGAAAACAGAGGAGCUGAAGCCUUCAAGACACAGAGUCAAGGCAGAAGAGAAGCCCGCCAUCCCCAAGACCAAGAGGAAGAGGAAUCCACCUGAGCUCAGCCAUGACAGCUUUAAGAAGCCUCGAACUCACCUUGGCAUGCACAUGCUGGAGUCCGUGCAGGUCUUUCACCCACUGGGGAAGAAGAGUGAGAAGAAAACUGGCAUCUCCUCCUCCCGGGCUCUGCUAAACUUCAGCAGCAACAAUGAUCCCCAGACAGGCCCAACCACCACAUCCCUGGGAGAUGUGCCCCGUGAGGGUCGAGGCCCUGGUAAAGCCCCAGGCAAUGCUCAGAGAACAGAGAGCAGUGCUCACAAGUGGUGUCCAUCUCUGUCCCUGGAUGAGUUGCCCCCACAUGGGAAGGUCAAAUUAGUACCUCUGCCUUUCCUAGCCAUGGACAAACCUCAAGACAGACCUGUUUCCAGAAAGCUUCACGGCCUGGCUUCACACAGGCCCACUACAGCUUACCCAGUGAGGUCUCAUUCCCACUCUGCUAGGCAACCCAAACUCAAGCCAUCCCAACCAGCUCCUGCCAGCACAUCACUGAUGGCCUCUGACAAGUCAGCUCUGUCAACUGCCACCAGUACCACACGUCCAAAUGUAAGCAAGCCCAUCCAGUCUUGCACUGGGCCUCAACCGCCUGCCUCUUUGCCUGCACUCUACAGAGCAUCAUCUCACACUUCACUCCACAGGGAGCCUCUUUCUUUUGCCACAAACAAGACCCUAGAUCCUCACCAGCCUCAAUCCCAAUACCUCAGGCAAGACUUCAGCCACCAACCAGUUCCAUGGAGGAAAGUGGACAUUCCAGAGCCAGUCUUCUCACAGCCCAUCACUGAAGAGCAGAGGCCAGAGAGGGAGGCCAUGAAGAGGAGGGCCCAACAGGAGCGAGAGAAUGCUGCCAAGUGUACCUCUUGGGGCAAACCACAGCUUUUCCUUCAAAGGGAGAAGGAUAUGGAAAUUUCGAGAUAUUAUGGCUAUGCAGUGUAA